AAUCUAAACAUUUAGAUUCUAUAUUAGAAUUUAGUUGAUAAUUAUAAGUAUUCUAAUUAUUGCUUGAUUUCAAAAAUUGUAUUCUAUAUUAAUCGAAUUAUAGAAUACAAUAGAAUAACUAGUUAAACAAGAGUAAAGAAUUCUUUUUUGAUAGGAAAUGGAUAUAUCCAUAUAUUUCAGACUUAUAUUUUUUAAAAUAAUAAAAAUGGCAAAAUCUAUACCAAAAAUUGGUUCACGUAAAAAUGGACGUAUUGGUUCGCGUAAACAUCCUCGUAAAAUACCAAAGGGAGUUAUUUAUGUUCAAGCUAGUUUCAACAAUACCAUUGUGACUGUUACAGAUGUACGAGGUCGGGUGAUUUCUUGGUCCUCUGCCGGUUCGUGUGGAUUCAAGGGUACACGAAGGGGGACACCAUUUGCCGCUCAAACCGCAGCAGCAAAUGCUAUUCGAACAGUAGUAGAUCAAGGCAUGCAACGAGCCGUAGUCAUAAUAAAAGGUCCCGGUCUAGGAAGAGAUGCGGCAUUAAGAGCUAUUGCUAGAAGUGGUAUACUAUUAAGAUUUAUACGGGAUGUAACCCCUAUCCCACAUAAUGGAUGUAGGGCUCCUAAAAAAAGACGUGUGUAAAACUAAAAAGAAACAUUAAAGAAAGAGAUUUCAAGAGAAAUAAACAAUUAAAUCAAGAGUUUCAUAAAAAUAUAUUACUAUGAUUCGAGAAAAAGUUAAAGUAUCUGCUCGGACACUACAAUGGAAGUGUGUUGAAUCAAGGGUAGACAGUA